CGGGCAUAGGGCGGCGAGGCUGGGCGGCCCCCGCACAGCGAGGGCCUGAUGCAGGAGCGCAGCCCGGCGCCGCGGCGGCGCUGCGGGAGGAGGAGGAGGAGGAUGGCGGGGCUGGCGUGGAAGUGGCCGCGCACCCGCCUGCCCGUGGGGGCCAGCGCCCUGGGCGUCUUCGUCCUCUGCUGGCUCUACGUCUUCCCCGUCUACCGGCUGCCCGACGAGAAGGAGAUCGUGCAGGGGGUGCUGCUGCAGCAGGGCAAGGCGUGGAGGAGGAACCACACUGCGGUCGCCGGCUUCAGAAAACUGCUGGAAGACUGCUGUGACCCUGGGCAGCUCUUUGUGAUGACAAAGCUGAACUCCCCCAUGGGAAAGAACCUCUGGUUUGAUGGGGAAUUUUUGUAUUCUUUCACCAUUGACAAUACAACUUACUCUCUCUUCCCACAGGCUACACCCUUCCAGCUGCCACUGAAGAAAUGCUCGGUGGUGGGAAACGGUGGGAUUCUCAAAAAGAGCAGCUGCGGCAAACAAAUAGAUCAAGCAGAUUUUGUCAUGCGGUGCAACCUUCCUCCACUAUCAAGCGAAUACAGCAAGGAUGUUGGAACAAAAACCCAGCUGGUGACUGCAAAUCCCAGUAUAAUUCAGAAAAGGUUCCAGAAUCUGCUUUGGUCUCGAAAAGCAUUUGUGGACAGUGUGAAGGUGUAUAAUCACAGCUACAUCUACAUGCCAGCCUUCUCGAUGAAGACAGGGACAGGACCCUCCCUACGUGUCUACUACACCCUGGAGGACUUCGGUGCCAAGCAGGCGGUGCUUUUUGCCAACCCCAAUUUCCUGCGUGACAUUGGCAAGUUCUGGAAGAGCAAAGGUAUCCAUGCCAAACGGCUUUCCACAGGACUUUUCCUAGUCAGUGCCGCCCUUGGUCUGUGUGAAGAAGUAACAAUUUAUGGCUUCUGGCCGUUCUCAGUGGACCUGCACGGGAAGUUUAUUAGCCAUCAUUACUAUGACAAUGUCUUGCCCGAUUCUGGAUUUCAUGCCAUGCCGGAGGAAUUUCUACAGCUCUGGUUCCUUCAUAAAAGUGGUAUACUGAGAAUGCAGCUAGAACAAUGUGAGGACCCUUUAGUCCUGUCUUCUGCCUAAGGAUUGUAGCAGUCAGUUUGGAAGAUCCAAUAGUUUUUAAUUUCCAUGCUCUCCAACAGAGAGUUCUGUUUUUCUGUUGAUUUUUUUUAAAGGGAAGAUAAUCACGGAUCUGCAUGGACCGUACAAAUGCUACUUGAAGGCCAAAUGGAAUACGUCCUUAAUGUAUAGUGUUUUAUGGAACUGGGGUGGGGGGAAACAAAUCUCUCCAUCAAGUCCAUUCAGCAGUAUUGUGAAAAUAAUGUCAUAAGCGACACAGCUGAACUUUCUGGGUGAUAUUUUUAAAUGACCAGUGUAAAAAGGGCAUUAAGGCUCGGAGAGAAACAGGGCCACCCACAAGCUUUUGCUGACAGUGCCAAAUAUGACUGUCUGUACAAAAAUCCAUUUCAUUCCAGACUGGCUCCUCAUACAACUUCCUUUUUUUUUCUUUAUUUUCCUCUGUGUGUGUGGAGUGGGGUGGGGGGCGGGGGUGGCUAUAGAGGAAAGUGUGUGUGUUGUCAAAUUUCUUUGUUUCUUUCUUUUUCCUUUUUUUUUUUUUUUUGUUUUCCAAUGGAAGAAAGGGGAAAGGUGUAAAAGCCAGAGGAGCUGAGUACCAUCAGCUCCUCCAAAAACUUCGGAGAGUGAAGGGUGUCAAGAAUCUGGUAGAAGAAUGUCCUGGGAAUGUCCUGCUACUGAGAAUGGAUGUACCUUCCUGUUGUAGGCUUUAUCAGGAUAGUUUAGGUCAUUGCACUUUUAGCUAUGCUAAUGCUAUGCUAUGGGCAAGAGCUGACUAAGGGAAAUUGGUUUGAAAAUAAAACUUGUGUUACAAAAGCAGAGGUGAAGUGCAACCAGAUUUCAGUUGACCUGCUGCAAGAUUUCCACAGUGACUUUUGUAGCAGGGAUUGUUCCUGGCCUGUUUUGUUGUCCAGCCUUUGGGAUUAAUUCUGUAUUCAUUUGGGCUCCAGAUGUUCACUGAAUAUCAAGGGGAUAUGAGGUGUUUAGUGGAAUGCAGAAUGAGGUUCUCCGUGUGCUUAUAGCAGAAAAACUGCAGAAAUGAAUGUAAGUGUCAUUUAAAAUGAGCUGAAACUUUGAAAAUCCUUUCUCUUUGUGCAACUAGCUCUUCUGUUUGGAUUGUAACAUUAGCCUUAAAGACUUGUACUUUUCUUGCAAGAUUGUGUCUUGUUAAAGAGAGUCUGAAAAAUAAAACAGCCUUUGGGAGCACUGAAAAAAUACAUAGCCAGCAAGAAAAAAACAAAAACCAACCAAACAAAAAAGAAACACACAAGGAAAAAGCAGGCACUUACAUAAUGCUGCUGCCUUUCUCCUCGCAAUCAGUGAGUUACGUAAGUGUGCACAUUGCACUCCGGCUGCUCCAGUCAGUGCAGUGCCUAAAGGACUGUUUUAUUUUUGGGUAUUACUUGGACAGCGGAUGAUCCUAUUGCCAUGUAAAUGAGAAAUCUUUUGGUUUGUUUGCUUUGGUUUAGCACUGUAGGACAAGAAGAGAAAACCAGAUCAGUCCACAGUGCAAUUUCAGCUGCAAGAUGUUAUCACCAUUAACUUUAAAAUCCAAACUAAUGUUCUCUUUUUUCUACUUCUAUCAUUAGUAGCUGAAAUUCUAGUCAAAGUGUUGAAACAACAAAACUGUCAUCAGGUUUCCACAACAAUUUCCUCUGCUACCUGUUUUAGCUCCAAAAUGCUAGUGUUUUGGGGGAUGUGUCCUAUCAUAUGUUAACAACCUCUCUCUUUGUAGACUACCAGCUGCAAGUUAUAUAGAUAUAAUUAAAAAAAAAAAAAGGCAAAAACCUUGGCUCUUCUUUAAAUAUGAAUAAUUUGACUAUCUGUGUAGGACACUGAAACAAACAAAAUUACUGUUUUGCUUUUUAAAUGUUUCAGAAUAAAAUCUUUCUAAAUAUGAAUAUUCCAAGCAUAAAGUGGGCAUUGUUCCACAGGAUUACAGUGCAGUUCUAAACUGCAAAGUGGAGGUUUGGAUUAAAUGCUGUUUUAGAGAUUGUUCUGAUAAAAUCUGAAUGUGCUUCUAUAACCCAUUUUAUUACUGUCCACUUUUGCUUAUGCUUUUUUAAAAGUACAAUUAACAGACCAAUAGCACAUCAUUUGAUAAUUCAUUCACUUGGGUUAUAUUUAUCUUAUCUAUAAUGUGGAUACUCAGCGAGAAAGGAUUUGAAAGCAAAAUAUUUUCUUUACUGGCAAAUUUUUACUGAGCUGCCUUUCUUGAAGAACAGGUGCCUAUAUGGUUUUUAUUAGAUGCAUCAAGCGUUGCACUUCCUGGUGCUUUAAAGAUGUUAUCUGUGAGAACAACUGUCAAAAUGUGGUGUUUUAAGAUGGCACUUCAGAAGGAUGACAGUAUUUCCUUGGGGUUGCAGGGGAAUGAGGAGAGUAGUGAGAACUGUCCCUCUGCUGGGCACCGUUUGGCAUUUGUACCAGUGCUUGGGAAUUCAGUUCCGAACCUCUCUGAUGGUUACCCAGCACUUUGGAAAUCUUUUUUUCCCAUGUUCUGGGAAAAUAAUCUGAGUAGUAGAAGAAGAGAAAGUGAGGAUUUUCGUAGGAAUGACUUCAUACUCAGUGCAGUAUUUCAUAACAUCUGUCUUGUUUAUGUGCAGCCAGUGCCCUGGGUAUCCGGGGCUGUUUUAUUCCCCGUCUCUGUAAGACUGAAGCAGACUGAACCUGUAGCCUGUGGUCUUUGUGAGUCUCUUUUGAUGUCUGCAAUACCGAGGUUUGCAAGAUGAUAGGUUUAAAAAAAUCAUGGGGACAGAAGAGACCCAAGCUGUGUGUGAUAAGUGUGGCUGGUGUUCCAGAAAUCAGUAAUUCUCUCUGUAUUUGCAUUUACCUAUAGUGAAUAUAACUGCAUCGUAAAAUGACGACCUUAUUUAUCAGGGAAGUAAAGGCUUCAAGGAUAAAUAAUUUUCUGUAACUUGCAGAAAACUGUCAACUUAGGAAAGAAGAGAAUCAAAAAUAAAUGUCCCUUUUGAGAGCAAGUCUACAGUGUGAGCUCAAAAAAUACCUGUUUUAGUUGGCUGAUUUGUCAAUCCAUGCAGAUACUGGCCAGCAAGGAGGCUUUUACCCUACAAGUAAAAAUGGGAUACAGGAUGGUACUGUAAGCAUUUUGUGGCAAGAGCAGUCACAACGAAAAUGAAAAAACAUCUGGGAAUGUGAGAGUGGCAGCUGCCUGACAGAAAUCUUGGAGUUAAUGCACUGCACCCUUUCUGUUGCUUAGGGUGAGACUUACCUGGUUUAAGUCUAGGGGAUGUGGGUCAUGUGUACAGGAUCAUUGAUAUGAAAUGUGGAAUUACAUGUAAGGGAUUGAAAUAGUAUCCCAUUUUGGGAGGAAGGCUACGCCACAGGAUAAGACUGUACUUCUGUUCAAGCACAGGUGCAGUCAGACCCAGGAGGCUAACAUAGGCAUUAACCAAGAGAAAUCAGCAUCUCACAAUUAUAGCAAACUUUGGACAGAGUAAUUAUAUUCUGGCAUUUUCCUAUUGAUUGAUUUCAGCCCAUGGAUAGUAGUGCCCUUAAGUCUUGUGUUGCUAUAUUUUCAUAGAAUCAUAGAAUGGCUUGGGUAGGAAGGGACCUUAAAGAUCAUCUAACUCCAACGCUCCUGCCAUAGGCAGGGAGGGAUGCCACCCACUAGAUCAGGUUGGCCAAGGCCCCAUCCAGCCUUGCCUUCAAGUGAAUUUUCCUUGAAUUGAAAUCUUAAUUUUGUUGGUGAAAUUCCCCGCUUUAGCGCCUUUAUUUCUACUACUAGCCACUGAAUUUCUCUGGUAGUGUAGCUAGAGCUGCACAAGUCUGUGCCAGGUUAAAAGCUACUGAAAUUCAUCUUCAAUAAAAACUAGUUUGGGCUUGCCAAACAAUUUGUUAAGGUUCUUAGUUAUUAAUUUUAUCAUAGAGGUGCCAAGAUACAGAAAUGUUGGAAUCAUUGCUCUGCAUAGGAAGUACUGCCACCUGUUUGUAAGAUGAAUGAAUUAAAUCCCUUUACAAGAACUGUGCAUGGGGGAUAUUUGGCACUGAAAUCACUCUAGGCAUAAUCUUUUUGGGUACUUGUAUGUUUUUGAGUAAAAUAAGGCCAAUGUAUAAACUUGUUCUAAAUCUAUGUAAAACUCCUCCUUUCUGUUUAUUAUGAAUAUUCUGAAGCUCACUCUAAAACAGAUAAUCCAGCAGACUAAAAUCAUAGAAAAUGAUUAUAUGUGCUCAUGAGAAUAAAAAUAUUUAUAAAUUUUGCACAGGCCUUUCUAAAAUUUAAAGGACUCUUCUUCGUGAAUGCUGUAUUUCUGUAUUUUUGCUGAUAUGAAAAUUAUCAAGUUUGGGGUGAAACAACUACAAAAGUCAAAGGUCCAAGCCUUUUUUACAGCUUAACUUCUCUAGAAUAUAUAAAUAUUGGCUUUUUUUUUUUUUGACUCGAAUACUUUCACUGUUUGUUUCACCUGUGACAUUGGAGUGGUGUCACAGAAUCAUAGAAUCGUUCUGGCUGGAAAAGACCUCUUAAGAUGUCUAGCCCAACCUUUAACCAAGUACUAAAGCCCACCACUAAACCACUCUACUAAGUUCUAUAUCUACACAUUUCUUGAAGACCUCCAGGGAUGGUAACUCAACCACUUCCCUGGGCAGCCUGUUGCAGUGCUAUACAACCCUUUGAGAAAAGAAAUUUCUCCUAAUAUCUGACCUAAACCUCCCCUGGUGCAACUUGAGGCCAUUUCCCCUCAUCUGUUGUAACAUUCACUGCUGAGUUUGCAUCUUUGUAGAAACUGAAGCUAAGCAAAGAAUCUGCUGUUUUAAACUGAAUCUCUGUACUGUGGUAGUUGCAUAAAAUCCUCCAUACAUAUUCAUGGAACUGGCUUAAUAUUUGGCUCACUCUAUCCCCUAAUUAACAAUGAGAAUAGGAGUGAGGAAACUUUUGAUCUAGAAAUGAGGACGGUGAAGGAGGUGAAUGCUAUCUCACCAUUUGCUGCCUGCUUUGGUUCUCUUCUUUAGCCUGACAGAUUAGUAAGUGUUGGAACAAGUCCAGGUUAUACAAAGGAUAAGCAGUUCCUGAAGAGCUGGAUGAGGAUGGAAAAAAUGAAGAUCACAUCAGUGGUGUAACAAAUUGGACUGUAGCAUUUUUUGAUAAAGAUCCCCAGUUCUAAGCAACUUUAGAACAUUUUGUUUUGUUAAUGACUGUGAAAAAUGGACUACCUAUGACCUACCUAAGGUUUUCUGCAGGAUGGCAGCAAAGCAAAAUGAGAUGGCAGCUAUUGCUGUGAGAUAGGGAAAAUUAUUAAGCAGAAAAGGAAAUACAAUGGAAGUAUGAUGGCAAAGAAUCCAUCUUUCUCCUCUCUCCUUCCAUUCCCCUCGAAACAUAAGUAUAAUGGACUAUUAUCCUGAGUCACCAUCUCCUUUUUGAAAGGAUACGGUGAGAUUUCUGUUAGAUGAUGUUUCUUACUAAAAAAACAACAACAUCAAACCUUGUCCAGAAAUGCCCAGUCCCCUGCUCUGUGGCUAUUUAGGGGAUGUUCUGGUGGCUGUGGCUCCACUGGUGUGCUGUGACCUCUGUAAUGGGAUCUGCAUCUAAUAUCAUGUGUUCCCUUCAGACCUCCAUCUGGGAUCAUCUUGGUUUGUAUUUAUGCCCCAGGUCAUCCUAAUGGACCUCUUUGCCAUCUCCUUCCUGCUGACCAUCCUCAUUGGGCUUAGAAGUGUGAUUAAAAAAAUCAGCCAUGAAGUUAGCUAAUAUACUUUGUCAUUUUGAACCAUGUUUUCUUCAAAAGUGAUUGAUAUAUCCAACAAGAGUUAGCUGCAAGUUGCAAAUAUGACUUCUGUUAGGUGGUGAUAAUUCUAUCACUGGUGAACAAAAAGAGAAUGGAAGAAGGCUGUGUUUUUCUUACCAAUUGUAGAAUAACUUCUGUUCCGUGAAUUCCCAGAAUUUGUCAUUUGGAAUUUAUCAUAUGUUUGACUGUUUAGUAGUUUUUGAACAGAACAAUUAGACCUAGUGGCCUGUUUGUUAAAUAUCAGCAAACUCAUUUUUCUAAAGGAAAUAUAAAUACCCAAUAGGAGGCAUAACCUAUUCUCCCUAGCUGAUAUUUCCUUGGCAGCAACGAGAAGUUAAACAGUUACUUAUUCCUCCCUGAUUAUUCAUUUCCUUCAUUUUUUAUUACAGCAGGUUGAGCCCUAGUGUAUUCAGCCUCUUUAGCUUAGUGCAUAGACUUAAAAAUGAAUCUCGCUCUGUCUUUUCAGCUGUAAAAAAAGAGGUUACAAAAAAAAAAAAGUGUUCUUAGUUGAAAAUGGUUGCAUGGGUUCUCUGCAGUCAGGAGAGAGAUGGGCACCUCCAAGUGGUGAUUCAUGCUUUUCCUGAACAUGGGCUGCAUUUACUGAGGUCUCCAUAGGAUUGUGAAAACACCCCAACUGUGUUUGUAAGACUAAGUGGUGAAAGGCAAGACAUAAGGAUUUUUUUUUUGCCAGUGCCACACAGUUCGCUUAUAAGCAUAUAUUGCUGUGGCUUUGUUGGGCAUCUACUGAUGGGGAGCAGAGAUCUGCUCCCCACAGCCUGCACAGAGGAGACCAGCCUGGCCUGAGGAGUUCAGCUGAGCGUUGAGUUCAGCAGCCGGCGGUGUUCAGCAAGUAGUCCUUGUGUGAGUCGGCAGGUACGGUCAGGACAGCAUGGACUGCUGCCUGCGGCUGGCGCUAGGCAGUCACUGGAGCGGCUCCAUUUGGAUCUACUGUGGGUGCAAUUCAGCAAGUGCCGUUGCAGAACAGGUCCCAGAGGACUGCAAGGUUACCGUUCUUCUUCUUCACAGCCAGAAGUGCUGGGCUUGCUGGAAAGGAUCCAUAUGGAAACCAGCCUGCUUCUCACCCCGAAACACUUUUGAUCCCUGGCAAGUCUCAGAAGUUCCUGUUAAAACGGCAUCUUAACAUAAUCCCCAGGUACUCCCUGCUGCUGUUGAGUCGGUCAGCAUUUUGUUGAGAUGAAUAUUUAUCCUAUUUUGGUUCCUCUAAGGCAAAUUAAACGGUAGCACACAAACCACCUAGAAUUUGUCGUGUUGUUUGGUGUCUUCACCUUUCAGGUUUCUUUUAGACUAGAUAUAACUGUUGUGAGUGAAUCCAAAGCUGCUUAAGAAAGCAGCACCACAAAUAAUUGUUCUCUGGGUUUAUGAAUAAGCCUCUGUUCAAUAAAACAUGAAAGUACCUUUUGAAUAGUUCAUGGUGAUUUCUAAUUGUACAUUCAAUGAAUUGUUUUGCUCAGAUGGGGCCCAUAGCAAAGAUGAGUUGCCUCAUUUUCUGCUUAUUGGAAGGGGCAAUUACAGAGGCAUAAUGUAUUUUAAACUAAAUUCUUAACAAGAAGCUAGGAAAUCUACAUAUGCUAUGAGAAGCUUUGUUUUUGUUUGACUACCUUUGUAGUAAAGGAAACAUUUCACUAAAAGCAGAUGCACAGAGGAACGGAGAUUUUGAUUGCAAAAAUGUCAUCUGGAGGACUGAGACCCAGAUUUGAGUCUCUUGGGGAUCUCAAGAGCAGGAUCUCACUGUGCUGCAAGAGUGCUAUAAGCUCAUCUUCUUUUUAUUCUCUGCAUAUGUGUAUAUAUAUAUAUAUAUAUAUUUGUAGAAAGUGCUUGAAAGCUUUAUUUAUCCCUAUAUUGAAAAUAAAUGCUCCUUUUUUUUUCUUUUUUUUUUUUCUUUUUUCAAGAGUGUAGGUUUUCCUUUUAAAUACUCAUAGCAUUUAGUGUGCUCAGCAAAUCUGACCGAAGAUGUCCACUUUAUAGGAUAAAGCUGUUUUGGAGUAGUCUGGCAGGGCUCCUGCAAACUUGCGUGUUGAGUGCUGCCUCUUGAAUUGCAGAGUUUCAGCAGAUGGUAUGGAGUGUGUGGCACUGGCAAAAAAAAAAAAGAUGUUAGUUGCAGCUCUGCCUGCUCAGCAUCUCCUCUAUCCUGAGUGGCUUUUGUCAGUUCUGUGAGGGCUCCUCAAGUGUGGACUUCAAUCCUGAAGAUCAUAUGUUGAUCAGCUUUAAAGGACUGGGCUUUGAAUGUGUUGGAAACUAAAAUGAACAUCGAAGUGACUUGAAACGAGUCUUCUGUGGUCAUACGAUACUGUUGCACUAUCAGUAUAUUAAAGCCAUUCUAUCUGAGUAUGAGAGACUUACAUGUGUGAGGAGGACAGUGAAAGGUGAACAUCUGAUGAUGCAUAGGGCAAGGACUUCCAAAAAACGCUGUUUUUAUUUAUAUGAAUAAUGAAAUCUCCAUUGAGCCAAUAUUGAAUUAGGUCAGCAUUCAGUGCUCUUGAAAUUACUACCCCAUAAGCAUUUUCAAAAAUUCUUCCCUGUGCAGGCAGAAAUAGGAGACUUUUGCUUUGUUCAUGCUCCUCACCUUGUAUUAAAAACAGACAAAUAUAAAACAAAACAGAUAAUAGGCUGAAGUUUAUAACUCAAACACUGCUGAGUAUAUUUAAGAAUUACUACUAAAUAAUUUAUUGAAAAAAAAAUCACACAUUUGUAUAUGAAAAAGCCCCCCCCCCCCUUUUUAUUUUUUUUUUUGCUAUAAUGCAUCAGUAACUGACCAAGUGGUUUUCAAACUAUUCAGCACUUCCAGCUUUGCUACUCAAGUCAAGAAAAAAAAGAGAAAACAACUCAGGAGAGUGGUUCAGGUCUUCUGAAGUCUGUUACUGUCUAUGUGCUGCCAUUUAGUAGUGGUGUCUAAAGAACUAGACGAAGAUCAGAACCGACAUAAACAAGAAAGAAAGCAGUCUCUGUGGUGAAGAGAAGGAGAUACAAGCUUAUAUUUCAAUGCGUUGAUGAAUUGAGACCUAAAGUUAUUAACAGAUAUUAUGACUUUAUUCUCUCACUUUUCAUUUCCUCAGUUCUUGUGGUACUGCGGAGGAAACCUGCGAAGUCCACAAGUUGUUUCAGAUUUCCUCUGCUCUGUUUAUUGACUGCAGUGAACUUUCCUCUAGGCACUAAAUCUAAAAACACAACACAGAAACAGAACAUUUUAGGUUUAAUAAUGUUGAAUGUGACUAAGCUUGUAUGCAGCAUUUCAUGUCUUUCUAGUACUAAUUACUGUAUUAACUAGAAAGUAAAACAGUCUUUCUUAUUUCUGGUGCCACUUCUCUCAGAGUGUUUGAUAUCUUUCUUCCUCCUGUGGUUGCUCUCUCAGGUGAACGGAGAUUACAUUUAGCUCACCGAGAGAUGUUCUAAGAGUUAGUUAACUUACGUUCGGAAAAUAAUGUAAAACAAACAAACAAACAAACAAAAAAACAUAUUUUAUAAAAUACAAAGGUUUAUCUCUUUUGAACACUAAGGCAAGCAAGCAAACAGAGAUUUUUCUUUGACUGAAUUUAUGCUUCCAGGUUAAAAUCCACCCUCAUGGUUAGUAGGUGCAAGGACAUUACCUUCAGAUAACGCAUAGCUUGUAAGAAAGUGAAAACUCAUGAAUUUUAAUGAGAAAAACAGGUUUUCUUCUCUCUGCCCAGACCCUAAUUUAUAAGCCAAAUUCUCCAUUCUCUUCUACCACUCCAACUCCAGUCAAAUCGAUAGAAUUGCAUAGAUUUUAAUCAUCUGUCUGUUCUCAAACCUGAGGGAAUUCAUCCAACGAAAAUUUUAAAUAAAGCUGUUUUAAAGUGGUGCCAGGUUAUGCUGCCUAGUUAAAGGUGCCUAUUCUGUAAGCUACUGUUUUUUUUUUUCCCCCACAAAUGCAGACCAUGAGUGUUUUCUGCUAUUCCUUGGUUGUUGUUGUAAGGCAAAUAUUUUACUGCAUUUCAAACAUCUGCUGCACUAAGGUAUCACAGUCUGAAAUCAAAUCGUGAUCUUAGUCAUGUCCUAUAUGAGAAACCGUUUCUGUAAGUUGCAUAGAAGUGAUGCAUGUGUUGCUCAGACUGCCAAGAAUAUUGUGUGAGCUGGAUGAAAAUGAAAAAAAGGGUUUUGCUUCAGUGUGAAACCUCACCAUUGAGUGACUGUAUCUGAGAAUUAGAUAUCCUCCGGUAAUUUAUAGUCUGUGGUGGAUCUGAAGGCUGCUAAUGUUUCCACUCAUUGUCAAAUAAUUUUUUUUAGACUUUGAUAAUGCAAUGAUAUGAUCUUUUUCCUUCUGCUAUUCCAAUGCAGUUUAUAUUUUCUGAUAAGUUUUGCAGGGAAGAAAUUGUCUUUCUUAUUUAUUUAUUUCAGUCUGCCUGUAAGUGUCCAGGUUUCAUCUUAAAUUGCCUGCAGUCAGAUCUUGAAUUUUUGCAUUAAUCUUUGUGCACCCAUAGUCAAAUCAGGCAUCAGUAAAAUACAAACUCAUUUCCAAAUUUCGACCUCAAUACAAAACAAGGAUUCUUUAAUAAACCUUCAUAAUAUUGGCCUGUCACUACUGAGGUGUGAAAAUGUUUUUUAUUUUCAUUGUAUGUCUCACAACAGUUACUAGAUUAGACAGGGACAUAAACAACUGAAAUCAGCAUGUCUAGUUGUCUUUGUGUUUUUGGUACAUGUAUUCAUUGACCUGUUUUUUUUUUUUUUUUUUCAUCUCUGGCUGUCUUGCAGAUUCUCAUAAGUGUGUAUCAAACACACAAUGUAAUGCCCUAUCUCUAAAUAAGAAGAAUGCACAUCUAUCAUCUGAGAGAGCACUUGCAUAUUUUUUUCACCUGGGAAUUAGCCUAUGCUUUCUGUGUAUCCAAUACCGAAAUUAUUACCGAGUGUAAUGUACAGGAAUUGCACUUUGUAAGAUUUCUGUUCCUCUUGGGAGUUACUAGUACUCUGCAUUUUAAAUGAAGGUGAUUUAGCACUUUUCUUGAGUGAUUGGGUCAGAAAGCAAGGCAUUAAUAAUGCUGCCUGGGUCUUGCCUUGCUUGCAAUUCAACAGCCAUGCUGGGGGGCUGACUCCUGGCUUGUGACCCCCUAGGGGCUUUGGGCAAAGCUCAGGAGUGCUGCUGGGGCUGUACCUUGUGUCGAGCAGAGGUUGAGGUAGUGCUAGGGGCUGAUGGCUGGUAUGAGCAGCUCAUCACCAGAGCCAGGCGUUGGGGACCAGCCCUUGGCCAAGCAAAUCCUCAUCCUGCCCUGGGACCUGAGCUGCAGCCUUCUGAGUAUGCUGAGGGACAAGCCAGCAAGUGUCUGGGCUCUCUUAACAACAGAAGAAACUUCAUGUGCAACUGCUAUGGUAACCAAAUUGCUACCCUUCUUCCUUUGUUGUGGAAGGGAAGAUGGUGCAAAGCAUUUACAUGCCAUGCUUUAGCCCCUUACAGGUGGAGGUCAGGAAGUUUGAAUGUGCAAACAGUUUUCUGUGAGCUCUUAUUUUGCACUCCAAGCGUACGGUAGAUAUGUCUCCUCAUUUAGAAAUCUACAUUUAAAAAAGUGUAUUCAAGGACAAAUUUGGGUAUCUAAGUUAGCAAAUGAAAUAUUGUAGGGUUGUUUACAUCUUCUCCAGCUCUGGCAGUCCAAGAUGACACAGAAAAUCUGCCUUCACGUGUAACUUUCAGGGCUUGUAAGCUGUUGUGUUUCCUAUUUAUACAACACACCUUGCUUUAACCUGUGCCAGUGCUGGUUCCAUCUGGCUAUUUCUGAAAGCUCAAGGGAAAAGCAAACAUACAAAGAUAUGAAGGAAAUUAAAGGUGCCUCGGUGUGAUAUUUUUCUAGAGUGGUACAUUGACUUUGAUAAUGAACUGUGAAAUGUAGCAUGUGGAUGCUGAUGAAUGUAAAAGACUGCAUGUGUUUUUCUUUUAAUGUUGUGUCUAUGAGGUGGAUUAUUAGUAUGAGCUCUAUGUUGUGAAAACGCUGAAAAGAGAUGUAUAAAUGGAAAGGAGAAGAUAUUUCUAGAAAUUUAUAGACAACUGUAUUCUCUUUGGUCUAUCUCCUUUUUCAUGACCAGACUCAGAUUCUGGUAAUGUAAGCUUUGCCAUUACAAUGGUAAUAAACAAACUCACAAGAGGAGUAACUCUCUUCCUAAGAUCAGAUAUGCUUCCUGUUAGCAUUGUAAGGGAGUAUCUGUACUUCCAUCAGAUCACACUUCUCAGGCUUGGGCUGGCAGGGAUGCAUUGGCUGGGACAUCACCGGGGCUCACUAAUGGUGCCAUAUCACGCGUCUCCUGCCUGCAGAGUUCUAACAUUUGUUGCCAGGCCAAGAAAUAAGUGACUGUGGUUUGCUGCAGUCUUGAAAUACUUGCCUGGUCACCGGGGCUUAGGGUGCCUGCUGCAGCUUCUGGGGCCUAGGGAGCCUCUAGAGUUUUGCUUUGGGAACAAAGUAGGUUGUUUGAAUGAGAGCAGCAGAGAAAGCAUAGCUUGAUAGGCUUCUGCUUGCCUCCCCAUGUAGCUGCAAGGUCCCUGCUCUCACCUUCCCUGUUACACCAUCCAUGCAUCUCAGACCUCCUGCUUUAUAUCUGACCCUACUUGCAAGGCUGGUUAUGAGGGAGGCUUGUUUGCCCAGGGCUAGCCUUCCUUCUGGUGGGCUGCUCAAGUAUGUGACACUUGAAUCAGUGGUGAAAUAGAGCUUAAUUUGAAACACCACACACACAGGUUUGGCAGGAACUCAGUGUUUGGUUGACACAAGUUGACUUGGGAUCAGUCUGUGGCAAUUACAGUAAUGCUGGUGUACAGGAGCACAGGGAGGACAAGACAAGGUGUCUCCUGUCUUUUAGGAACUGGGCAUAACUGCAGAUUUUGUUCUCUCGCACAAGACUGGCAUCAGCUAUUGAUGACAUCACUUAUAAAGGAGCAAUGUGAUGUGGGACUUCAGUGUUAGCUGGUGAUUUUUGCCCUUGGGUUAUGCUAGUAUUUUGAUUUGCAUUCCUUCUUAUCUUGCCCACUUUAUUGAAAAAUGUGAUGGUGAUGUGGUAGUUCAAUGUCUUGAGAUGGUUUUAAAGUGGAUAAGCAAACCAUUAUGCCUCUGAGGUUGUGUAAUUCCAUGGAUUUGUUUUACCUCCAGUGACUGACAUGUAACAUUUAUUGUAUCAUUUAAUAUGUAUGUAAGCUUUACAGGCUGGAUGUUGUGUCAAAAUGAUGUGGGCACUUGGGUAAAUAUCUCUUUGAAUCACCAUCAUUUUGGCACGCUCAGGGGCAAAGGUACUUGUGUUGAGUGUUUUAAACAUCACAAAGUGUGUUGCUGUUUAGAGUCUUGUGAUUAGGGUUUCAAUCUAAUUCUCUCCAAUGUAGCAAAUGUUUGCUGAUGGCUAACACUGUUACAAGGACUAAGGGGUUGAAUUUCUUUGCCUGGCAAUAAUGUAUUUUCUAUUAUGUCAAUAGAAUCUGUUCAUUUUCAAGUAGUGUGCAGUGCUCCUUUGAAGAAUGUCUCUUUUUUCAGGUGGUUUCAUAGUGACUGUACCCCGAUAUGUUUAGAUGUCUCUCAAUAGCAAAGAUUGCUUUGUUAUUGAAUGUAUUAUUUAUUAACAGUACCUUGUUGUCUUUUUCUAGUCGCAUUUUACAAAAUAUACCACAAGCAUCUCAUGUGAUUUUUAUAAGGAAAUCUUAUUUAUAAUAUUCAUGCUAGCGGACAGAAACAAAUCUCAAUUUUAUAGUAGUUCAUGCCUUUUUUCAUAGCUGAAGAGUCUUAAUGAGCGUGAUCAGAAGGGACAAGCUCAUUGUUUUGUUUAAUUUUGAUGGAACUUUUCAAAGGUAAAUGUUAUGCUAUUUAUAAUUUGGAUUUACUUAUCUUAACAAAUAAAUAUCUCAAUUUUAAGAAAUGAAAAUAUUACUUGUGGGACUUCUUUUUAUUCUUUUCCACAUUCUCUAAUUCAGUAUUUCUAAACAAUGAAGGUCAUUUCCUCCUCCUCUUUAUUUUGUCCUGUAUAGUCUAUUGUCACAUCAAGAUUUAUGUCCCUUGUCCUCAUCUGAUAUUUCUGUCAUGUUGGUCAUUCUGUUUACUCAGUUCCUUCUCUUUUUAGCUUAGUUAGUGAAAGACAACUUUAUUUGUAGUGUGUCUGAGAAUUAACCUGGCACUAAACUUUUUACUUUCUCAGAACAACCCCCAGAAACAACUUUGGGCUCACAUCGAAAUCCCAAGUAGAUUAGAGCCAUUUUGUCAAAGAGGUUCCCAUUCUACACUCAAAUCAGUGUAACUGAACCCCACUUGCUUGGACUAGAUGUCCCCAUACUUAGUCUAAUACUUGCAUAAGAUAUUUUUACUAUAUUUCAACAAGCAAAUAGUGAUUCUAGAUAUCUGAACAUCUAAUUGACCAAGUUUAGAUGUCUUUAGAUUUUCAAGACAGUUUUUCCAAGUACAAAUUUUCUGUGCACCAGCCUCUUUGAGGUAGGUAGAGUUUGACUUCAAGAUCCUUUUGAGAUUACGAAAAUACCCUGUCUCGUUUGCACCCCUCCUUUAAAACCAAUGGAGGAUAAACAAUGAAAUGGUCUUAACCAUUCCAGGGACAGCUGGAGUAGGGUUUCUCAUUCAGGUAGAUACAAUCAAUUAAGCAUCUCUUUAUCUUCAU